AUGGCCGCCGCCACCAGCUCAUCUUCGCUCUCCGCGCUCCUUAAGAAAUCCACCCUCGAUGACCACGAACAAUUGUUAGACGCAAGCAACAAGGCACUGAAAGCCGCCAAAUCUGAUCUCGAAGCCCAACAGGUCAAGGUUGUCGCCCUCCUCAAACUUGACCGAUACGGCGAGGCCGUUAAGUUCAUCGAAGGAACAGGAGACAGAUUACGAAAGACGGUGGAACUGGAAUAUGCAUAUGCUCUGUAUAAAACAGGUCGAUUAGAAGAAGCCGCAGAACUAUCGUCCACUAUAAACGAACGGGGCGCACAACAUAUCGAGGCUCAGUCCAGAUACCGCUUAGAGGACUCGUUAAAGACGUCCGAACUUUACAGGCGCAUAAGGAGCCAGAAGUACGAGUCUGAGGAAUAUGACCUCCGAGUUAAUCAAGGUGCGAUAGAUGCUCAGGCUCAAUGGGUCGGUGCUGCAGAUCCAAAGUCGAUACGGCGACCUGGAAGAGAGGAUUUAGAUGCAUUUGAAACUGCAUAUAAUGCCGCAUGUGGAAGCAUCGCGAGGGGAGAAUUUGCGCAAGCCGAGAUUCUCCUGAAACGAGCCAAAGGGCUUUGCCAGCACUCUGACGAUUUAACAGACCAGCAGAAAGCAGACGAGCUUCUCCCGAUAUCUAUUCAACAGUUAUUUGUCUUGCAGUGUCUAGGAAAAACCUCAGAAGCUGAGGCGAUGGCUAGCGAAAUCAGCGCCGAGGAAGCAUCCGACGUCUCGACUCGGAAAAUUGGUCAGAACAAUAUUCUGCUGACUUCCUCCUUGGUGAACCCUUUCCUUGCGCACAAAGUGUUCCAUGCAACAUCAAAAAUUCCUCCCGAAGAUAGGCUCUUCUCUUACCAGAGUGUGCCUCUCGAAUCCAACAAGACUACACUGGACCUUCAGACUUUCAAGUUCGACGGCAUCAUCUCGUCCACCUCCAAAAGAAUCAAAGGUCAUUCUUCUCCUUCAUUAUCACCCGAAGUCCUUCUCUCCUCAUACUUCAAUGCGGCAGCCCAUGCCAAGGGCGAUACGGGCAAAGCGGCGGUGAGCAAAAUUUUGCCCGAACUGGAGAAAAGACCGAAUGAUAUUGGCUUGAUAAUCACUUUGGUCCAGCUGUACAUAUCGAUUGGCGACAGUACCUCUGCUGUUGAACUGUUCGAGUCGUUCAUCAAACGACUGGAAGAUUCUGUCGCCGAAAACGAGCAAGAGAUUCGGUUCCAUCCCAGCCUAGUGAGUCUUUUGAUUAGCUUAUACAAGCACCGGGGUCAGAAGGCACACGUCAAGAAGGAACUAGCAAAGUCCGCCUCUUAUUGGCAAUCCAAGUUGAAUGCUCCAACAAGCUUGCUCGCUGCUGCCGGCGUUUCACUGUUGGAAUCACAAAAUGAAGACGACGCCAAGCUAGCAGCGGAUCUCUUCAGCAAGCUCCAAGAACGACAACCAGAUGAUAAAGCUAUAAUAGCUGGUUAUGUUGCGUCCCAUGCAUUCGGCGACGAGGCUCCGGUUAACCUAAAUGCCGAGAAGCUGACGCCCACAUCUGAACUUGUCAGCAACAUCGAUGUCGACGCCCUGGAGAAUGCCGGUAUUCCUCAAUCAUUGAAUGCUCUCACGAUAGCACAAUUGGGCCAGGCCAGGAAGCGAACGGCACUUGACGCAGGCAAUGCUAAGCCUAAACGAAUCCGCAAAUCGAGAUUACCGAAGGAUUAUGAUGAAACCAAGAAACCAGACCCUGAACGGUGGCUUCCGAUGAAAGACAGGAGUUAUUAUCGACCACCAAAGGGCAAGAAGAAGGGCAAACGAGGUGGUGAAGACAGAACGCAGGGUGGAGUGGUGAACGAAGAUCUGAAUGUGGAUGCUGCGAAGCCUGCUGCCACCGCUACUACAGGCUCUGGAGGAGGCGCUGGCAAGAAGAAGAAAGGCAAGGGGAAGAAGUGA